CGAUAAGCUGACUUCCUCCUCGCCCACAGUAGCCUCGGAGCAGAGAGCCCCAUCCAUCUCCUCCCAGGGCCUUGCAUGUCUUUCAGUAUAGCAAUGGGAACUUGAAUUCCUCCGCCCAGACCUCCAUCCGCUAACGCGACGAAACGCUUGAGAAGCAGAAAAAAAAUCAAGUGCUCGACAAGAGCACCAUAGCUGCCCGUCAUGGCUACCACAUCGACUAUGUUCAUGUACUCCUUGACAAUCCAGCCUCCUACUGCUGUGACGCAAGCUAUUCUCGGCCAGUUUGCGGGCACAAAGGAACAGCAGAUUGUGACCGCGUCCGGAUCGAAGCUCACAAUUCAUCGCUCAGAUGCCGCGCAGGGAAAGGUCACACCAAUUUAUACGCAGGACGUCUUCGGCAUUGUGAGGACUCUUGCCGCCUUCAGAAUUGCUGGAAGUAACAAAGAUUACAUUAUAAUUGGUUCCGAUUCCGGUCGUAUCACCAUUGUCGAAUACGUACCUUCCCAGAAUCGAUUCAAUCGUAUCCAUUUAGAAACAUUUGGAAAGUCUGGUGUCAGGAGGGUAGUUCCCGGGCAAUACCUCGCGGUUGAUCCAAAGGGAAGAGCCUGUCUGAUUGCUUCCGUGGAGAAAAAUAAGCUCGUCUAUGUUUUGAAUCGCAAUGCUCAGGCCGAACUUACAAUCUCAUCGCCCCUUGAAGCCCACAAACCGCAGACUCUGGUUUUUGCUAUGACCGCCUUGGAUGUGGGGUAUGACAAUCCAAUAUUCGCAGCCAUCGAAGUUGAUUACUCCGAGUCUGAUCAAGAUCCAACGGGCCGCGCGUACGAGGAGGUUGAGAAGCACCUGGUUUACUAUGAGCUUGAUCUUGGCUUGAACCAUGUUGUCCGUAAGUGGUCGGAACUUGUGCACCGAACCUCCAAUUUGCUAUUUCAAGUUCCUGGAGGUGGCGAUGGCCCUAGUGGUGUUCUCGUGGGUGCUGAAGAUAGUAUUACAUAUCGGCAUUCAAACCAGGAUGCAUUUCGCGUGCCAAUUCCACGCCGAAGCGGCCCGACAGAAAACCCUGAGCGGAAGCGAUCCAUCAUAGCUGGUGUCAUGCACAGGAUGAGAGGUGCCUUUUUCUUCCUUUUACAAACAGAGGACGGCGAUCUCUUCAAGCUUACUAUUGACAUGGUUGAGGAUGAUAAUGGCCAACUCACAGGUGAAGUCAAAAGACUUAAAAUCAAAUAUUUCGAUACCGUCCCAAUUGCUACCAACCUGUUGAUUUUGAAGAGCGGUUUCUUAUUUGUUGCCAGCGAAACUGGUAAUCAUCAUUUCUACCAAUUUGAAAAACUCGGUGACGAUGAUGAAGAAAUUGAAUACACAAGUGAUGAUGUUUCAGCAGACCCCACAGAGCCUAUAACUCCUGUUUACUUCCAUCCUAGGGGAGCAGAGAAUCUUAACCUGGUUGAAAGCAUCAACUCUCUAAACCCUAUCAUGGACUGCACAAUUACUGAUCUCAUCGGAGAAGACUCGCCACAGAUUUACACUGCUUGUGGAACAGGGGCUCGCAGUACUUUCAGAACUCUCAAACAUGGACUUGAAGUUUCUGAAAUAGUGGAGUCAGAGCUUCCUAGUGUUCCAUCAUCUGUGUGGACCACAAAGUUAACGCGAAACGAUGAAUUCGAUGCAUACAUCAUUCUCUCUUUCACAAAUGGAACACUGGUUCUCAGCAUUGGAGAGACGGUAGAAGAGGUUACAGAUACCGGGUUCUUAUCAACAGCGCCUACAUUAGCGGUACAACAGUUAGGGGAAGACUCUCUGAUUCAAGUUCAUCCCAAAGGUAUUCGACAUAUUCUUGCCGAUCACCGUGUCAAUGAAUGGCCAGCACCCCAGCACCGAACAAUUGUAGCUGCUGCAACCAAUGAGCGCCAAGUAGCAGUCGCUCUCAGCUCUGGAGAAAUUGUUUACUUUGAAAUGGACACGGAUGGCUCUCUGGCUGAAUAUGACGAGAAACGACAAAUGUCAGGCACUGUGACAUCACUUAGCUUAGGGGAAGUUCCCGAAGGCCGUGUUCGUAGUUCCUUCUUAGCGGUAGGGUGCGAUGACUCGACAGUCAGAAUUCUCAGCUUAGACCCAGACUCGACACUUGAAAACAAGUCAGUGCAAGCUCUGACAUCUGCCCCAUCCGCUUUAAAUAUCAUGUCGAUGGCGGACUCCACAUCCGGAGGAUCAACAUUGUACCUGCACAUCGGAUUAUACUCUGGUGUGUAUCUUCGAACAGUAUUGGAUGAAGUUACAGGCGAACUUUCAGACACUCGGACCCGGUUUUUAGGCGCAAAGCCUGUCAAACUCUUCACGGUUUCCAUCAAGGGCCAGGCGGCAGUGCUUGCUCUCAGUUCUCGCCCAUGGUUGGGUUAUUCGGAUAUCCAGACCAAAAGCUUCAUGCUGACGCCACUGGACUAUGUUGGACUCGCAUGGGGUUGGAAUUUUUCCAGCGAACAAUGUCUGGAAGGCAUGGUUGGGAUUCAGGGGCAAAAUCUUAGAAUCUUCUCCAUUGAGAAACUUGAUAACAACAUCCUUCAAGAAUCAAUACCUCUUGCCUAUACACCUCGGCGCUUCGUAAAGCACCCCGAACAGCCCUUUUUCUAUGUUGCCGAGGCUGAGAGCAAUGUCCUCUCACCUGCCACUCAAAAUCGCUUAUUAGAAGACUCAAAGCUUCAGAACGGUGAGGCCGUAAUUCCUCCACCGGAGGAUUUCGGCUACCCACGGGCCACGGGUCAUUGGGCUUCUUGCAUCGAGGUUGUUGAUCCGAUUAAUGCCAAAUCUGUAGUUUCCCGUCUCGAGCUCGAAGAGAAUGAGUCUGCUGUCAGCAUUGCUGCCGUUUCAUUCGCUAGCCAGGAUAAUGAGACGUUCCUCGUGGUCGGCACUGGCAAAGAUGUCAUUAUCAACCCGCGUUCCUUUUCCGCCGGGUUCAUUCACAUAUAUCGCUUUCAAGAAGACGGUAAAGAGCUUGAAUUUAUUCACAAAACCAAAGUCGAAGAGCCACCCCUGGCUCUUCUUGCGUUUCAAGGACGCCUGCUUGCCGGCAUUGGGCCGAAUCUAAGGAUCUAUGACCUUGGAAUGAAACAAAUGCUUCGAAAAUGUCAAGUACAAGCUGCACCAAAACUUAUUGUCGGUUUACAGACGCAGGGCAGUCGAAUAAUUGUCAGUGAUAUUCAAGAAAGUGUCACUUACGUGGUAUAUAAGUUUCAAGAAAACCGGCUCAUCCCGUUUGCGGAUGAUGUCCUCGCACGCUGGACAACAGCUACAACUAUGGUAGAUUACGAAACAACGGCAGGCGGCGAUAAAUUUGGCAAUCUAUGGCUUGUCCGCUGCCCGAAAAAGAUUUCAGACGAAUCCGAUGAAGAUGGUUCUGGCGCUCAUCUCAUCCAUGAACGAUCUUAUCUUCAAGGCACUGCGAAUCGGCUGGACUUGAUGGUUCACUUUUACACUCAAGAUAUCCCUACAAGUAUACAAAAGACUCAACUUGUGGUUGGAGGACGAGAUAUUUUGGUCUGGACCGGUCUUCAAGGCACCGUUGGAAUGAUGAUUCCAUUAUUGAGUCGGGAAGACGUCGACUUCUUCCAAAGCCUAGAAACGCAGCUCGCUUCACAAAACCCACCGCUCGCUGGACGAGAUCAUUUGAUCUACAGAAGUUACUACGUGCCAGUCAAGGGUGUCAUUGAUGGUGACCUCUGCGAGACGUAUUUCUUACUCCCUAAUGAUAAGAAGCUUAUGAUCGCGGGUGAACUGGAUCGCAGUGUCCGUGAGAUUGAGCGUAAAAUAACCGACAUGAGAACACGUGUUGCUUACUAAAGCCAUAUUUAUUUCUACUUCUACAUCAGGUCGGAGUUUCGGAAGGCGUCUUACACUCACCAAAAGGUUUGAGCGAGGGCGUUUGUUGCUAUUGCGUUCUCCCGUCCGAUAUGUAAUAGCUUAUAAUAUAGUUAUAUUGAUGAACAUUAACAAGUAUUUUCCUUCGGUCUUCUCAUUAGAGAAUUCAGUAACAGACGUCUCUUGCCUCGCUCGGUCAGUUGUAUAUCGAUCAGCUGAUCUUGAGCUGGAUGCGCCAAAAGAAGAAAUUCAUUUGGCUGUAUGAGACUACAUUAAUCUCCGAUGAUCUUUGAGUACGGUUUUAUCUGAUAUUUGCUUAACGGAUAUUGAAUCGUAAUUUAUCCGUCGGUACAUAUACAAAUUCCAUCGAAAUUUUCGAAUGUUAAAUAUGUCUAAACCUAGUUAUCACUAACCA